AAGAAAUUCACCAAUUUUUGAUAUUAUCACAUUUAAUUUGGAGCAGUUUCAUUUAACUGUAACUUUAUUUCUACAGCAAAUAAACACAAAUUUCCCAUGUGUUCGUUUCUAUAGAUCCAGGCGAAAUUGUAUUAUAAAGCAAUGAAAGAAAAAAAGGCCCCUGAACCGGUGAAUGAUCUGGAAAAAGACACUGAUUCCAGUGUCUAUUCCGAUUUGGAAGAAAGCAAUGACAGCGAUUCAGGAAGUUCAGAAAAAAGUGAAGAAGAAUUACUAUAUGUUAAGCCUCCAAGAAAAAGUAAAACUUCUAAAGUUGAAAAUGAGAUAGGGCAAGACAGUGAUUCCAGUGUUUAUUCUGAUGAUGAAGAAGAAGAUAAUGAUGACUCUGAAAAUUCUGAUUCAGAGGAUGAUGUAAUUAAAUCUCGGCUUCAUAAGGUAAACAAACAAAAUGGAAACCUUGAGCCAAAAAAUGAAGAUAAUAAACAAAAUGGAAUAAAUGAGACUCCAAAAGAAAAUGAAUAUGAACAUGAUACUUCAGAUGAAGAGGAUAUUCGAAAUACAGUUGGUAAUAUUCCCAUGAAAUGGUAUGACGAUUUUCCACAUAUUGGUUAUGAUAUUGAUGGCAAAAAGAUAAUGAAACCUGCAACAAGUGAUGAAAUCGAUGAAUUCUUAAGCAAGAUGGAUGAUCCAAAUUAUUGGCGAACAGUGAAAAAUAAGAUGACUGGUGAAAAGGUAGUAUUGACCGAUGAUGAUUUAGAGAUCAUUCAAAGAAUACAAUCUGGCAAAUAUCCUACAUCUUCUGUGCAGUAUGAGCCAUUUGAAGACUUUUUCACUUAUGAAGAAAUGGAGCAUCCUGUUACAAAUCAUCCUCCACAUAAAAGAAGCUUUAUUCCAUCCAAAAUUGAAAAAGAGAAGGUUUCCAAACUUGUGUAUGCAAUCAAAAUGGGAUGGAUCAAACCUAGAGCUCCUAAAGAACAGAAGGAUCCAUUUUAUAUGCUUUGGGAUAAGGAUGUUGCAGAAGAAUCUAAAAGGCUUCAGCAUUACAUUCCAGCUCCUAAAAGAAAGCUUCCUGGCCAUGAAGAGUCAUAUAAUCCACCUCCAGAGUACCUGUUCACUAAAGAAGAAGAAGAGAAGUGGAAAGAACAAGAGCCUUAUGAAAGAAAAACUGAUUUUAUUCCUAAGAAGUAUCCAACCCUCAGGCAAACACCAGCCUAUCCAAAUUAUAUUAAUGAUUGGUUUGAAAGAUGUCUUGAUCUUUAUUUGUGUCCCAGAAAGAGGAAGAUGAGGGUUAAUGUUGAUCCAAAUGAUUUGCUUCCACAACUUCCAAAGCCAAAAGACCUGCAACCAUUCCCAUCUGUUUUGGCUAUUAUAUAUACUGGUCAUGAAAAAUUAGUACGUUCUAUAUCUGUAGAGCCAAGUGGGCAAUUCUUGGCCUCUGGUUCUGAUGAUGAAACUGUUAAAAUUUGGGAAAUUCUCACUGGUCGUUGCAUGAGUACUAUAAAUCUUGGAGGUCCUGUGAAACAGGUUGUCUGGUGUCCACUUGAAGCCAUGAGUUUGAUUUUAGUCUCUGUGGGUGAAAAAGUAUAUGUAAUUAAUGUUAAACUGGGAGACAAAGUUGUUGUCAGCAAUACAGACUCUGUUUUGAGCUCUUUCACCGAAAAUCAUGAGGAAAAAGCUGUUACAUGGUCUUUGCCAUCUGAUGAACAGAAAGCAAUGGGUAUCAGAUUGAUUAUUACUCAUAUAAAUGAGGUAAAACAGAUAGUAUGGCAUGCAAAGGGAGAUUAUUUUGCUACUGUAGUACCUAACUCUGGAUUUAGAUCCAUAGUGAUUCAUCAACUUUCAAAGUUCAGAUCACAGGUCCCAUUCCAAAAAUUGAAGGGCAAUGUUCAGUGUGUUUUAUUCCAUCCUUUAAGACCUUUCUUCUUUGUGGCUACUCAGAAGCAUAUAAAAAUGUAUAAUCUCAUGAAACAGGAAAUAUCAAAAAUAUUGUUUGGUAAUUGUAAAUGGAUUUCAAGCAUGGCUGCUCAUCCUCACGGGGAUAAUAUAAUUGUUGGAAGUUAUGAUAGUAGACUAAGCUGGUUUGAUUUAGAAUUGUCAACAAAACCAUACAAAACUCUCAGGCACCAUUCAAAAGCUGUCAGACAAGUUGGUUUUCAUAAAAGAUAUCCUUUGUUUGCUUCAACAUCAGAUGAUGGAUCUGUUAUUAUUUGUCAUGGAAUGGUGUAUAGUGAUUUAUUACAAAAUCCUUUGAUAAUACCUGUGAAAAUUCUUAAAGGCCAUGGGAUGAGCUUGGACUGUUGUUUUCACCCUCAAAGACCUUGGGUGUUUUGUUCAUCAAAUAAUACAAUACGAUUAUAUUCAUAAAUGCUGCUAUUUAUCUUUGUGUAAAUAAAAAAUUCUUUUAUGUAUA